AUGGCUCUGCAUAUUGCGCAGCGGCGCAUUAGUGCUGUGCGAAUCGAAUUCUCUCCUGGCCGGACUUUUCUUCGUCGCAAUCUCAUUCCCGCCCCGCACGCCAACUCAGGUCCUUUGAUGGAACGACGGGCAGACCGCGAACUGCCUUCUGUGAAUAAGGACCGACGGUGGCUGCGGACCUUGCCCAUAUUUGCUGUCGCUGUCGGAGCUGCGAUGCUAGGGAUUUUCAACUAUCAGAAGUCGUCUUCAAGCGUGGUCAGCAGUACCCUCUAUGCUCUUCGCACCUCCCCGCGUGCUCGCGAAAUCCUGGGCGAUGAGAUUUACUUUGCUCAAAAGAUACCAUGGAUCAGUGGGGAAAUGAAUCAGCUACAUGGACGUAUCGACAUAUCCUUCAGGGUUAAAGGAACAAAGUCGCAGGGUACAAUGAGGUUCCGCAGCAUUAGGCCAGACCGAAUGAGCUAUUUUCGUACCGAAGAAUGGAGUCUGAAGACGGAGGAUGGCACGGUCGUUCAGCUCCUUGACAGUGCUAGUGACCCGUUUCGUCAACACGACUAA